AUGCAGCCUCCAGAGAAAAGCCCAAGCCUCAGACCUUUCAAGCAGAGGAAGAAUUUAGCAACCAGAAGAGAGGAAGUGGCUGGAAUCCGGGCAAAGUUCCCAAGCAAGAUCCCGGUCAUAGUGGAACGCUGCCUCCGUGAGAAAGUCCUGCCCCCGCUGGACAAAACCAAGUUCCUAGUUCCGCAGGAGCUGACCGUGACCCAGUUUCUCAGCCUCCUUCGAAGCCGCAUGAUGCUGAGGUCCACUGAAGCCUUUUACCUGCUGGUGAACAAUAAGAGCCUGACCAGCUUGAGCCUGACCAUGGCGGAGGUCUACAGGGACUACAAGGAUGAGGAUGGCUUCGUGUACAUGACCUAUGCUUCCCAGGAGAUGUUUGGCUGCUGUGGGUCAGCAGACCCUAGCAAUGGGAGCAGCCUCAGAGAUGGAGCCUACAGCUUAUCUACUUGCCACCGCACAGUGGCAGCUCAUGCUGCCUGCCAAGAGAAAAGCCAGUUACAGGGAGACACGGGUAUGGAGGCCCCGCCCGUGUCUUCGGCCCCGCCCACGAGCGCAGACGCCAGGGGCGUUCCCGCGGCAAGGCAUCAGCAAUCUAUCCGGGGUGGUCGGCGCGGCGUGCUCAGCGGCAGUAGCGGCGACUUUGGGCCCUGGGGCGCCAGCGGGGAGCGGGCCGGCGCGUUUGGGGUAGUGAACUAA